CCCAACCCUUCUUCACUUGAAGACCUCAAAGAAAUGCUAUCGAAAAAGCUACAGAUUGAGAAAGGAUUUUCAAUGCAGUAUGAAGAUCCUGACUUUGAUUAUCGGCUUUGCAAUCUACAUAAUGUGGAGGAACUUCCACCCGAAAAAGCCACUAUAAGAAUUUUUUUGGGAAUUAAUGGUGAGCCCAAUAGAACAACCUGACAAAGACUCAUCAGAUGUUUCUUUUGACACUUUAGAUACAGCAAGUCUGGUAUCAGUAGAGUCCAGCCCAAGCUCAUCCAGUUCUUGUCACCGUGUAAGUCAGUGGCCAUCAAAAUUUUUCAUACCAAGUUUUUCAUUUGACGUAGAGAUCCGCCUCAGAAAAGGCAAUGAACAAUAUGAGAAAGAACAAACAACUUUGAAUGUGCCCCGUGAUAUGAAAAUGGAAAUUUUAGACAAAUUAGUAGAGCUAAUGUAUUCUUUCAAAGCUUACCCCACUGACAAAGAGUUUGAAAGUGUUGCAAGGGAACUUGUUUCUAAGCACCCCUGUUUGUCUGAGCCUGGACCUGAUAAGGGGUGGCAAGCAUGGAAAAUGAGCCUAAAGCACAAGAUGGGCAAUUAUCGUCAAAAAUUGUGCAGCGCUGGAUGCUUUGAAGUCACAGUAAACCAAAAGAAAAAGAAAGGUGUUAAAAAACCAAAGCAUGCAGAGAUAAACUUCCUGCCUGACCAUCCACCUGGUAUCAAUGAAGAAGUACUGGAAUGUGAAAGAAGAGCCAUGGUAGAUGAACUUAAGAAGAAAAAUUUCAACAUGAACCUUCUAAAUGAAAAAAUGGACAUUACAUUCUCCAUGAGACGACAAGAAAUUGUUCAACAACAACCUUUAGUGUCACUUGUAAAAGAGAAAUGGCCAGGCCUCUUCUUACAGCAUCAGGUGUAUGGAGAAUUCAAACGAAUAACGGGAAUCGACCUGUACAAAACCUUCCAGUUUGCUUUGGAAACGUAUGCAAAUGGGCUUAUUCGCAUGUUCAGAACAAAAGGAGGUGAUGAAAUCGGGACCCUUUUGGAAAGACUUGAUCAGCAGGUAACUAAGUCAAAGGAAUUGGACACUCAAGGUGUGAAAAUCAUGAUGAUUGAAAUGGUCAGAGAUGAAGAAGAUUCCGGGACACUAGACAGCAUGGCAGUUGUGAUUGAGGACACUGUUGUGGUUGAAGGACUGCCGGAUUAUCCCACUGCUUUUUGUGUACUGUUUGGGUUGAUUUAUGCCUUAAAUAUGGAGUAUCCUAAAGAAUGGAAGUACACAUUUGAGACCAUUCAGAAGGUCUUUCUUAAUCUUGGAGAACAAUGUUCGGCUCGUACCCUGUCCUUAAAAAAUAAGUUGUUGCAAGUUCUAAAGCUUUAGCCUGGCGUAUCAAUUAUGUUGAUAUUCAUUUUGCAA